GUGCAGAUCGGGACGUCGUCGGGUCACCGCGAGUGCGUCGCACUCGAGAAAGGGUUUAUUAUACAUAGUUAUCACGUGCCGCUACUGCUGCUGCUGCUGCUGAGGGGAGAAAAAAAAAAUCAAAUAAAAAGUAAAUAAUACGCGGGGUUGGUGUGCUGCACAGCUCGACCAAAAAAACAAAAAAAAUAGAAAGGAAAAUCAGGAUCGUAUACACAGGGACCUACCUACGGUGAUGUGCCGCAGGCGAUCGUCGUCCACGGCUGCCGCACAUCCAGAACGAGAUGAGCAAGAAAGGCGGCUACUAUUGCGCCUUUAAGAAUUGCCGCGGCCUGUCGAGGCGAGACAAGCGCAGCUUCUUUCGCUUUCCCAAAGACCCCGAGAGAUCCAAGCAGUGGGUCAGAGCCUGCAAUCGCAAUGACCUGCUGGAGAAGACGCCGAUCGAGCUGUUCAACAGCUACCGGGUGUGCGCCAAGCACUUCACCGACUCGAUGUUUCUCAACGAUCUGCGCAACCGACUGCAGCCCAACUCGGUGCCGACGCACUUCUCCCAGCAGCAGCCAACCGACCAGAUACAGCAGCAGCUCGUCGGCAAUAAUAACGAGACGACCAAUAGUCAGCAGCAGCAGCAAAUCGUUGUAGCUGGCACGACGGCGGCAACAACUCAGCUCGUUACCUGCAACACCGCCACUGCCAACAAUGACUUCGACAUCGUGGACGAGGCCCAGAUACAGCUGGCCGACUGCAGCCACGACUCCGUCGCCAAGAUUCUUAGCAAUUGCGUUUUCCAAAAAAUCUCGGCCGACGAGUUCUUCAAGGCGACCGGGAUCUGCAUCAAGGAGCCAUCCUCCUCCUCGGAACCCACCAACCACAAUAUCCGAGCCACGACGAACGACGACUCGACCGCGACGACGGUGGAGGAUUAUUUACGGAGCAGCAGCGGCAACGGCGACUGCAGCCUGUCCACCGCCGACCACGUGUACAGCUCGACGGCGGCGGCGGCCAAUUGCAACGAGCCACAAUUGACCAACAACGCGGUGGACAGCAGCAGCAGCUGCUACGGCAUCAAGGACAUCCUCGUCGAUCCGUCCUCGAGCAGCUUCUCCAUCGAGGGCCUGAGCUAUCAGGAUCUGAUGGGCUGCUCGUCGCUGCAGCCGCUCUCCUCGCUCAUCGCUCCCAUCGAGAUCUGCGGCAACGGCGACGACGACGACGAUCUGCGCGGCUUCUCCAUGAGCCGCGUGGUGGGCCUGGACGACGUCGAUCGGCUGCCCGACACCAUCCUCGAGGGCCAGGAGGACGACGACGAGGAGGUGGACGAGGACUCGUCCUCGGAGCUCAGCAAUUCCCUCGAGUCGUUUCAGCCGUCGUUGCAGACGAGCGUCGUGGUCGACGACGUGGAUGUCGUAGUCGCCGCGGCCUGCCUCGAGGCAGCGAGCACCGCCUCGUCGUCGUCCUCGAACGCCAGCCAAGGUAACAAAUCCACCGGAGAAGCCUGCACCCAAACCAACGCUUAUCACCUCUUACCUAGCGAUAAUAAUAAAUUAGACAAAGUUAGCCAAACCGAAAACGACGACGAUAAUGACGAUAAGAAGGAGCCGUCAUCGCCGAGCUUCCACGAGCCAAGGGGUAGUAGCAUCGUUAGCAGCAGGGACAGGGCCAACAAGAGGAAGCUCAAGCGCAUACUGCAGGUGAAGCGCUGCGAGAUCAAGAGCCUCAAGAGCAAGCUGCUCAAGCAGAAUCUGGUCGAGCUCAUGGAGCACGUCACCCUCGAGCAGUACAAGUCCCUGACGGAGCGCUUCUUCCCCAAGGAGACCUCGGACUUCAUCAAGACCCAGGCCCAGCUGUUCGACCAGGAGAAGAUCAGCCAGGACAAGCAGUACUCGCUCGAGUUCAAGAAGCAGUGUCUCGCCCUCUUUCUCACGGGCCCGAGGACCUACAAGAAUCUCCAGAAGAUCUUCUGCCUGCCCGCCGUGCACGAUCUCCAGACGCUUAAAUUUUGAUAUCGAUGACUCGAAACUAAUUAGGUAAUUAAUUGGUUCUUUUUUUUUUUGUUUUCUGUUUUUAAGCACGUUUAGUACAGCGCAUAACUAAUUAUGCGAAUCAUAGACGAGACAGAGAGAUAUUACACACGAUGCUUAUAUUGGUUGUUUUUUUUAGAGCGUAUGCGUACUCAUAAAGUAUGAAUUAUAACCAAAAGUUGCAUUGAUCAUUUGCCGUAGCUCGAUUCGAUACGUACAAUAUUAUAUACAAGAAACCUUUCCAUUCGAUAUACACUUAUUAUACAUACUUAAUAGUCGUUUUGAUUAACGAAGUAGUUUCGUAUUACCAAUCACACACGUUUUUUGUAGAGCAGAGCAGUUUAUCGAUAAACGACAUUUGCUAAUUUUAUUACAUACAAUAUAUACAUAGCUGAUUGUAACGAGCAUAUAAUUGAUAUAACGAGACCGUUUGUUAGUUGAAGAUUUCGAGAAAAAAUAAUACGUAUUACGUAAAAAAAUCGAUAUAUUGCGUAGGUUCAUAAGCCAUUUAAGCUGUGAUUUGUUCUUUUUAAGCAUAUUAUAUAUUAUAAAUAUAUACAAUUAUUAAAAAAAAAAGGUAAUUAUUA